AUGAUUGGUGCUUCCUCACUUCCAGAAUUUGAUGAUUUCGAUGAUGGAAAAGUAUAUGAAAGAUGCCAUAAAGCUGCCGCACGUGGAGACACCAGAAAUUUCGUGAUCGAGUUUGAUAGCACCAAAGCAUACGCGGCUCACAAUCUGAACGACGCCUCUGUGAAACAGCUUUUACAGCUCGAGCGAGCAAAGCAUUCAAGUGCGAGAUGGAUCAACAUCUGGGCCCCAGAACAACAAAAGGAAGUGGUGUCGGCAUUGGCAGAACAUUACAACUUUUCGCCUCGGCUCCGUGGUAUCAUGAGCUCCGAUCAUUCUACGAUUGCCCAAGUAGCGCCCGCGACUCCUCAUCGUCGUGUCCUCUCGCGAGGCAAGAAGCCCGACAUGGAGCGCAAAUCAGUCGAGUCGCAAUCGCUCGAUCUCGAGAAAGAUGGAAUGGCGGUUCCCACUUCCCUCCGUCCCCCCAUGCUUGAUCUGAGCCAUUACAGAUUGGUGGAAGAAGUGUGGCAUUAUUGCUCCAUAGAUUGGAGCAAUAAAUAUCUCUGUAUUGGCUACAAUUCGCUUUCUGACACGAGAGCGGAUUCGGAAUACCGAAGUACUCAAACUUAUGAAGACGAUUCUGAGUCAACCGAGCAUGUAAAAGAUAAGCCUAAAGGAAUAAGAACGUGGACUUGGUUGGUGUUGUGUGAUGACGGCACCGUAAUUUCAAUAUAUGAGAAUCCUUUCCUCGGCCCCCUUGGGGGCAUGACGGGAAAUGAACAACCACUUUUGAACGUCAUCAGGCGUAAUCUUCUGAACGUCUUCAUGCAGCUAUCCGAAGUCAACGACGGGCGCAGGAAGACCAAUCCUAUCAAUACGCUUGAUAUCAGACCAAGCCUCGGCUCCAAUCAAUCAAGUGACAUAACAAUAGCAGAUUCCCCUAGUUUGCUGUUCUACUACCUCUUUGACGAUUGGUAUACGAGCUAUGCCUUGGUAGCCAAGAGUGAGCACCAAUACGCAAUGGAACUCGAAAAGCUUCGCGAAAAUAUGUUCACCAAGCCUCAAGUUCCUCUAAUUCAGAGAUUACACCAAUACGGGCGGGAACUUGCCGUCUUAAAGCGUAUGUAUCAGAGCUAUGCGCUCAUCAUUGAACGCAUAUUAGACAGACAAAAGCCCUUACACUCAAGCACCGGAGACCCAUCGAGUGUGAGGGACAACCAUGGCGAGGCUUUGAUAUCAGAAGGGCAAGUCACAUCCAAGAUCCAAACUUUCGGUGCUCCUCUGUCUUCGGCCGCCACUGUGCGCUUCGAACGUCUGCGCGAUAGAAUCAACCUCUACGCCCUCAGCGAAAUACAAGAAUGCCUUGACGAAAAGGACUCUCUGGUCUUUCUGAACUUCAAUCUGAUAACGCUCAAAGAAUCUCAAGCGGUCGAGCGCCUUACACGCAUCACCAUUCUCCUUGCCAAAGUCACUAUUCUCUUCAUGCCUGUUUCACUCAUGACCGCUUACUUCUCGACGCAACUGAGCGAUCUCGCCAAUCUCUACACCAUUAAGACUUACUGGAUAUGCUUCGUGGUAAUUAUGUCAUUGAGUUUUGUGGGUCUGGCGUUGUUUGGUGUAGCAAGUGGGACGUUGGAGGGGAAGCCGAUCUAUCGCAGCUUCACGCAGACUAUGGUAGAUGCAGGGAGAGGCAAGUGGAAAGCGAGAAGAGAGAGGAAAGAUCGCUAA